CCCCCUGACCUGCGGCCGCUGUAGUUCUCUCCGACAGCGUCUCGAUUGAUCGAGCCCGUUUCCGCCUGGGACGCUCGUGCUCUUAUUAAUUGGACGCGGACGCGCCGCGCCGCACCCGACCUCCCCUUCACCCUGUCCGCCUGAAAGGCGCAACUGCAACUCUAACGAUGCUCUUCCGACGAUCGCUUGUGCUCGCCACCUCUCUGGGAAUGGUGGGCUCCUCCAUGGGCUACGACCUCGUCCGGGAUUAUUCCGGACAACAUUUCUUCGAUGGUUGGGACUUCUACGGAUUCUGGGACAACUUGACGCUCAGUCAAGUUUGGUGGGUGAACGAGACCCGUGCCACUUCAGAGCACCUCGCGUAUGUGAACGAUGCCGGCAGGGCGAUCAUUCGAGUGGACAACACCACGAAUUUGCCUCCAGACAUGCCCAACAGAGACACGAUUCGACUUACGACCAAAGACCUGUACGAUUACGGUAGUCUCUGGGUCUUCGAUGCGACCCACUUGCCUUACGGCUGCUCUGUCUGGCCCGCAUUCUGGACGAAGGGCCCCAACUGGCCGUUCGACGGCGAAAUCGAUAUCGUCGAGGGCAUCAACCUGAUGACAUCCAACCAGAUGGCGGUGCACACCACGCAGGGAUGCAAGACGGACAACAGUAUCGUGCAGUCGGGUACCAUCGGCUUCACGGACUGCUCCCAAGGCUCUGGCUGCACCGUGCACGAGACGAAGCCGAACAGCUUUGGCGCGAACUUUGGCGAGAAUGGCGGGGGCGUCUGGGCGACGCAGUACGAUGUUGCCGGUGUGUUCAUCUGGUACUGGCCUCGAGCGGACGUCCCUGCGGAAUUGACGAACAACGCGACCACCAUCGACAUCUCGCAGUGGGGCACGCCGUCGGCGGCUUUCCCAGUCACACCCACAUGCAACGUAACUCAAUUCUUCACGCCUCAGCAACUCGUGCUCGAUAUCGCGCUGUGUGGUGACUGGGCUGGUGUAGAGAGCAUCUACAAGGCGAGCUGCCCGGGCACCUGCAACGUUACAGGCCCGGGAAGCCCCGCAUACGACAACGCAUGGUUCGAAAUCAACUACGUGCGCGCGUUCACGACGGGCGGUCCUGCCCCCACCUCCUCCGUUGCGUCGACCUCGACCGCGACCGUGAUCGCAACCGUAACGGGUACGGGCAGCCCUGGGGCCACUACGACGGGCACGGACCGCACCGGGAGCAACGGCGCUGUGAAUAGCCUGCCGCACGCUACCAGCAUGGGCCUUAUGGCGAUGCUGUUUUCCAUGUUCGCUGGAGUCUUGCUCGCGACGUGGUGAUCUCUCUAGACCGCGCACUCAGCUGCCCGCAGCCUGGCAAGUAUGCUCGCUACUCAGCGCUCACCUCGCGAUGACGAUUGUAUGGCCGGACCUCACUUACGAUACCUGCUACGUACAUAACGAUUCCCCGGCCUCGCGCCAUGGUAUUCUGACGACGGACUUCCCCUCUACUUACCGCUUUAUAUUGCUCUGCUGUACUUCUUGGGACUUUGAGUGUGGUCUUGUUGUUGUACCCCUGCACGAUACGUCAAUCUACAACGCGAAUUCUUGGUUU